AUGACUCCUUCGAAGCGCCCUCAUAGCGCAGAUUCUGAUGUCGAAGUUGUUGAUACUCCCUUAAACUCGUCUAGGACUCCUGCUAUGGUUAGGCGUUCUGAUCGGCUUCAGAAAUCUCCUACUGCUGGUGCGUCAACCGGUCCUUCCUAUAUUUUGUUUGGUUCUAGGAAGGGUCGUCUCUUCGAUCCAAGUAAUACUGGUCAGUCGUCGACGCCUUUUCGCUCAAAGAAGAGUUCUCUUGAUGGCGAUUUCGUGCCCUGGUCGGUCCCUAAGAAUGCUUGGGAUAAUAUUAAAACUCUGGAGAUUAUUCGCAUGGAGCUUCGUCGCUACCUUUACAUUGUUAACAACCGCAUCGAAGCUCUAAAUCCUAGAGAGCCUUCUCCUAAUACGUUUUGGGACACCGUAGCAGAGUCCUAUAAGGAUAUUGAGGUUGGGUUGGAACUGGAUAAGUUAAAAGAUAAAUACCUCUUUGUUCGGGAUUUGCGUAGCUUCUUCGUGGACAGUAAUUAG